ACAAAGGACGAGUUAAGAGUAGCGCUGCACAUUUGAUCACUUUAAGGAACAGGUCGAAUAAUUGGUAACAAAACCCUAACUGUAAUUAAAUGGAGACGCACGGCGGAGGAACCCUCCGUUCCCGCAGCUCUCAGUCCCCUUCACCUUCCCACUCCGCUUCCGCCUCCGCCACCUCUUCCAUCCACAAGCGCAAGCUCGCGUCUGAUGACCACGCGCCUCCCUUUCCCCCUUCUUCCUUCUCCGCCGACACGCGCGACGGCGCCCUCACCUCCAAUGACGACCUCGAGAGCAUCUCCGCCCGCGGCGCCGACUCCGACUCCGAUGACGACUCCGAGGACGCCGUCGUGGACGACGACGAGGACGACUACGACAACGACAACGAUUCCUCCAUGCGUACCUUCACCGCUGCAAGGCUCAGCAACCCUCCCUCCGCUGCACGCAACACCAAGCUCAAGACCGAUAAUUCCAACGUUAAGAUCGAGAAUUCCGAUGGCGCCAAAGACGCUGCACCCGCCGGGACUGGUGCUGCCGGCGCCGCCGCCACCGGCGGGUCCGUCCCCGGCAUCGUGGUUAAGGAGGACGCAACUAAGAUAUUUACUGAUAAUUUACAAACUAGUGGUGCUUACAGCGCUAGGGAAGAGAGUCUCAGGAAAGAGGAGGAAGCAGGAAGGCUCAAAUUCGUAUGCUAUUCGAAUGAUGGCAUUGAUGAACAUAUGAUUUGGUUGAUAGGAUUGAAGAAUAUAUUUGGUAAGCAACUUCCAAAUAUGCCCAAGGAGUACAUUGUCCGACUUCUUAUGGAUAGGAGUCAUAAGUCUGUAAUGGUCAUAAGGCGUAAUCAUGUUGUUGGAGGCAUUACAUAUCGCCCAUAUGCAAGCCAGAAGUUUGGUGAGAUAGCCUUUUGUGCAAUUACAGCUGAUGAGCAAGUAAAAGGUUAUGGUACCAGAUUGAUGAAUCACUUAAAACAGCAUGCACGUGAUAAAGAUGGGUUGACACAUUUUCUCACAUAUGCUGACAAUAAUGCUGUUGGCUAUUUUAUCAAACAGGGAUUUACAAAAGAGAUUCACUUGGAGAAAGAUCGAUGGCAAGGUUAUAUAAAGGAUUAUGAUGGGGGGAUUCUCAUGGAAUGCAAGAUUGAUCCAAAGCUCCCUUACACUGAAUUGUCACCUAUGAUCCGUCGUCAAAGGCAGGCAAUUGAUGAAAAGAUCAGAGAGCUGUCAAACUGUCACAUUGUUUAUACUGGAAUUGAUUUUCAGAAGAAAGAAGCUGGUAUUCCCAAAAAAAUUAUUGAGGACAUCCCUGGUUUGAGAGAGGCUGGAUGGACUCCUGAUCAGUGGGGUCAUUCACGAUUCAGAGCUUUAAGUGGUUCCACCGACAGUUUGACUGCGUUUAUGCGUUCCCUUCUAAAGUCAAUGCACGAUCAUGCUGAUGCUUGGCCAUUCAAGGAACCAGUUGAUGCACGGGAUGUUCCUGAUUAUUAUGACAUCAUCAAAGAUCCAAUGGAUUUGAAGACAAUGACUAAGAGGGUGGAGUCAGAGCAAUAUUACGUCACAUUUGAGAUGUUUCUUGCGGAUGUCAGAAGAAUGUUUGCGAAUGCACGCACUUAUAAUUCUCCAGAAACCAUUUAUUACAAAUGUUCUACAAGGCUUGAAACUCACUUUCAAAGUAAGGUGGCAUCGGGCCUCCAGCUCCAGUCUGGUUCCAAAAUUCAGUAGGAACACUUCAAUAGACGUGGUAGUGCUUGACGAGCUAGGGGCCUUUGAUGAUGUCAUAAUAAUCAGGAACAUCCCGUGCAUCAACUGGUUCCUUGAAUGGCCAAGCAUCAGCAUGAUCGUGCAUUGACUGCUACGUGAAUAUAUUAAAUGGUGUAUAUUCUCUUAUCUUAAUAGUUAUAUAAUAAAUAUAUUAAAUGGUGUAUUUUAUUCAACUAGUGAUGGUGGCUUAGUGAUAUGAGAAGGCGUUCCUCACUCCAAUGAGGAGGGUGCAAAAAAUAUUUUGUAACUAAUUUUAAAAAAUCGGGUCACCGGGUCGACUACUUAAGCGGGUCCAAUGCUGUAACCGGAUCGGUUGAUGGGCCGAUUUUCGGGCCGGUCUGGUUCUUAUAACACUGGUCACAAUUAGGGGUGCUAAACGAGCUAGGGGCCUUUGGCUCGGCUCGUGAAGGCCUGAGCUUACAUGUCUAAAAUUGAUUGUUGAACUCAGGCUUGGAUUUGCAUAAAAACUCGUUUAAUAAAAAGGCAUCAGGCUCCAAUUCAAAAGCUCGGCCUUAGAGCCUCUCAAGCUUGCCUAAUAUAUUAUUUUUUUAUUUUUUAUUUAUUUUUUAUACUAUUUGUGAUAACCCUCU